AGCAGCGCGAUGGCGUCGGUGACGAUGGCCACCUCGGAGUGGAUCCAGUUCUUCAAGGAAGCCGGGAUCCCGCCGGGCCCCGCGGUCAACUACGCCGUCACGUUCGUGGAUAACAGGAUCCAGAAGAACAUGCUGCUGGAUCUCAAUAAGGAGAUCAUGAACGAGCUGGGUAUCACAGUAGUUGGCGAUAUUAUUGCCAUUCUGAAGCACGCUAAACUGGUAUACCGGCAGGAAAUGUGCAAAGCUGCAACAGAAUCGGUGGCCUCCAGCCAAAUUGUUUUGCAAUCUGAACUCCGCAGAAAUGCUAAUACUGCUGCCACCAGAAUGAUUGCCAACAGUUUGAGCCGAGACUCUCCCCCUUCUACUCCUGUUCGGAGGCCUGACAGCAGUGCCUCCAAAAUCUCCAUCACUGUAUCCAACAAAAUGGCAGGAAAAAGCACCAAAGCAGCUAUUUGCGCUCCUCGGGCUGAGAAUCCCACCAUCCCAGUGAAGCGGCGCCGCGUCACAGCAGAGAUGGAAGGGAAGUACAUUGUCCACAUGCCCAAAGGAACAACUCCUAGGACCAAGAAGAUCCUGGAGCAGCAGCAGGCAGCAAAAGGUUUGCAAAGAACGUCUGUGUUUGACCGGCUUGGUGCAGAGACUGGUGGAGACACAGCAACAGGGAGCAAGCCCACAGGAGUGUUCAGCCGACUGGGGGAUGUGCAGGAGGACAAAGCACCUGACAGCGAUGACGACAGCUCUGUCCUGCAGUAUGCAGGAGUUCUGAAAAGACCCUCCCAGCCCAAGGAGAGCUGCAAAGUUGGUGUCACCAUCAAGGCCAAAGCUACCAGCUCUGAGCCCAAGCAGGUGGCAGCAGCAGCUGCCACCACUGCAAUCCAGCGACGCGGGAGCAAGAGCGUGGCUGGAUCUGCAGCUCCUGCCAAGGAAGAAGAGAUGCAGGGCUUGUCUCCUGCCCCAGGCAGUGUGGCCAAGAGACUGGGCAAGCGCUCGCUGAAACUCCUCCAAGCCCAGGACAGCAGCGUUACCAGUUCCAGGAGCAGGCCUGACUCUUCCUUCCGAGUCACCAUAAACAGAACUUUAGGGAGCUCCAAGGUAAGCAGCUCCAGCCCUGCAGAGCCCCCCAGCGCUCAGAUGGACUACACGGGCACCGUCAGUGUCUUUAAGAGGCUCGGCAGGAAGACUGUGUGAGCCUAACCUGAGACCCCGCUUGGAGGGAGCCUUCAGACGAGGAGGGCAAGCGUGUGUGUGUG